AUGAAGCCUAAAUUGAUGAACAGAUCUGCAGAAGAGAUCGGCAACAACCAUGAUUUGUUAACCCAACUCCUCCUCAGGUUACCCACCAAAUCCCUCCUCAAGUUCAAGUGUGUCUCCAAACAAUGGCUCUCUCUCAUUUCAGACCCUCAGUUCUGUCUCUCCCACACUCGCCACCAACACCGAGAUGAUGAUCGAUUUCUCGAGCCUACUGCUCUUUUGCUGAAAGUACAUUUGGCUUUUGAUACUCUGAAAUCUCCUCAUUAUAAGAUCAUCGUUGUUCGGGAAGUGUCAGUAAAUUCUUAUGAGUUUGAGAUGGAUAUAUAUGCGUCCGAAACUAAUUGUUGGAAAGUAUCCGAAUUCAAUUUCAAGGCCGACGAUGAACGCAUGGCCUUUGAGGACGCAGUCUUCUGUAAUGGUAAGCUUCAUUGGAAUAGUUGCGGAAACGAAUUGCUGUAUUUCGAUGAUGAGAAGGGAAGUUUUCAGAUAAUGCAGAUGCCAACGCCAUCAAGUGAUCACCAUCAGCUUGAGAUUCAUAGGUAUUUUGGAGAGAUCAAUGGGAAUUUACAUCUUGCAGUGACAUACCAUGUUUACAUUGCUUUGGGCUUGAAUGUCCAUCAGAUGUCAAGCGAUUAUUCACAUUGGUUCUUGAAGCAUCGUCUGAAUCUCGGUGAUGCCAUGAAGGUUUUCCCAGAGUUGAACUUGGGGUGUUUCCCGUUUGCACCCGGGUUCUCCGGUGUGAGUUUUGUUGGAUCCAAGAAAAAAAUGAGGCAAAGGUUGUGA